AUGGCAAGCACACGCGUCCUCCUGGUUUCGCUCCUCAUCGUAUUGGUCUCGGCGCAGUUCGCUAGCGGGCAGAUUCGUAGGAACGCGUGUCUGCCCAAGGACAAGUGCCCGGACAGAAAGAGCAAGCUUUGCGGCCUCUACGCCACAUGCAAGACGCUGCAGAGCAUUAUCCCCGAUACCAACACCUGUGACGACUGCGCUGCUUACGACCUGAAGAAGAUGCCCGCUAGCGCCUGCAAUUACACAACAGGUCGCUGCCUCACCAACAAGAUUGCCGGUAAGGCGUGCACCGCCAAGCAGUUCAACACGGUCUGCGACAAAAAAGAGCCCGCUUUCACUUGCCUUAAGGUCGAGGGUGUUCCCGUCACUAAGAAGGCACCCCAGGCAUAUCGCUGCUGCAGGAGGACUUGCCCCGUUGGCCUGUGCGGCAAGGGUUCGAAGCCGAUCUCUUGGAGGAAUGAGUGCAAUGUUGUGCUCGACUGCCCCACUGCAUGCGCUCCUCGUGCCGCGAACGCUGUCCAGGUUACAUAUUUGUAA